UCAGACAUAUAUGUUGAUGUGAAGCCAGUGAGCAAUGGGUUUGAAGCACAUGCCUGCAACUGCAAGCCACCACUGCAGAGUGAUCAGAUGGGCUGUUCUGACGAUGACUGCUUGAAUAGGCACGCUACUUUUCAACUGCUUAUACUUUUAAUAUUAUUUUCAUUUAUUAUUUAUAACUUUGGCAACCAGGAGAUUCAGAAACACCAGGACUUCAGACAUCUCAAAAAGUUUCCUACCCAAGAGUGUGGGCUUGGAGUGAAGGCAACCAAACCUUUGAAAGCAGGUCAGUUCAUAAUAGAGUACGUAGGCGAGGUGAUGAGCGAGUUGGAAUUUCGAAGGAGGAUGUCGACCCUGUACUCUCACAUGCAACAUCACUACUGCCUGAGUUUGGAGGGGGGUGUUGUCAUUGAUGGCUACAAAUCUGGAAACAUAUCCAGACUGAUCAACCAUUCGUGCUCACCUAACUGCCAGAUGCAGAAAUGGAAUGUGAAUGGAGUCUACAGGAUAGGGUUGUUUGCUUUGAAGGAUGUCGAACCGAAUGAAGAGUUAACUUAUGAUUACAACUUCCAUGCUUACAAUGUUAACACUCAACAAGCGUGCAAGUGUGGAAGUUCGAACUGCCGCCUGGUUGUCGGUGGGAGGAGUCAGAAAGAUUCAUCAUCCAAUAGGAAAGGAUCGUAUUGUUUCACGAUGCACCUAACCAGCAAUGAUAGAUUGAAUUGGGUCAGUUUAAUGAUUGAAUUAGGUCAGUUUAUUGUGUGA